AUGGCGCUGUGUGGUGGCCGCAAAGCAGCCAUGACAGCCCUGGAGCAGUACGCCCACGCCCUGGCAGACGGGCCAGGAGGUCCUCUAGAGGAGACCUCAUCGAUGCAAUUUCCGAUGUACACCGUGGCCGUGAAGGAGUUGCUGGAGAUGGGUGAGAUCGAUCCCCACGAGGUGUUGAAGGAGAAGGGCUUGCUCGUGGAGUUUGAAGAACCCAUGGGCAAGGCUGCCUUCGUGUCACACCAGUGGGUCGGCAACCAACAUCCAGACCCCGAAUUUAAGCAGCUGCGAGUUCUGCAGGAGGCGCUGAAGCGUAUGACCUCCGAUCUAUCGCACAUCUCCCUUGAUCUGAACAGCGAAGCCAUGGUACCUGGUGCAAAACCGCUGGACACUCGAGAGCUCCGCGAGAACGCCAUCUUCGUAUGGUAUGAUUACUUCUCCUGCCCGCAGUUGGAUCAUCAAACACGUCGGGCAUUGACAAAGGGCUUGGCGCACGAAUUGAACAGCGAGCUGGGCAAUGCAAUUAACAGCAUUCCGGCCUACAUCGCCCGAUGCUCGUUCUUCAUGGUUCUGUGCCCGGUCAUCACCUGUGACAUCCAGUCCAAAGUCUUCUCGUAUGCGAGCUGGGCCGAAAGAGGCUGGUGCCGCGCCGAGCGCGCAUGUCGUGAGCUCUCUGAAGAGUCGUCUUGGAUCUUGAUCAGAGGUGCAACAGAAAUCGAGCUGGUAGCAUCUGGCGUGGGGGCCGGAGGCGGAGGAGCACCCCCCGGCGAGGGCGACUUCACUGUGCCAGGAGACCGCGCCAAGCUGGCGCCGAUCCUUCAGCACGGACUGCGGCGCAAGCUCUCCUUGUGCUUGAAGAAACAAGACCUUGUGAGCUACCGUGUGCUACUGAAUCUGCAGAGCACCCACAUGAAGGGCUUCGAUGUGGAACCCAUCCAAGAUCUGAUCCCCGGCUUCGAAGCAGACAGCUCCGACUCAGAUUCCGCAUCCGUGGCAGCAUCACGCUUCCUCCAUCAGAACGGAUUCCAGUCGGUUGGCGAGCUUGACCGCCAAGGGUGGUCGCCACUCCACUAUGCUGCGCUUGGGGGAAAUCCAAAGGUGAUCCAAGGUCUUCUACAGAAGCGUGCCGAUGUGAACGUUCAGACGAAGAAAGACCAAUGGCUGCUCGGAAUGCCUCCCUGGGCGUCAGCCCUUUCCGUUUCCGUAUAUUUCAAGCACCACGAUGCCGCGCGUCUGCUUGUAUCAGCCAGGGCGAGGGUGGAUGGCGGCGUCCUACCAGCAUUGAACUUGGCUGGUUCAGCCAACAAUCCGGAAGGCGUUCGGAUCCUUUGCGAAGCUGGCUGCGAUGUCCGCGCAACAAAGGACAUCUUGGGCUUCUCCGCCUUGGAAGCCGCAUGUGCUCAAGGCAGCGUCGAGGCGGUCGAAGAAAUCCUUCGCCAAGCAGGCUACAAUAUGGGCAGCCGCGUGAUGAAUCGGUCGCUCUACACGGCUGCGUCCUUCCGUGGCGGCAAGGCAGAGCUGAUCUUCCGUCUGAUAGAGCUGAAGUCUGACGUGAACACGCGGUACGGACCAGGUGUCCUAACAGCACACGGUGCAUAUUUGGGCCUCAAAACUUUUCAGCACCGGUUUGGGACGGUCACGAACACCACGAAGCAAUGCUAUCAUGCCUACAAGGCAACUCCUCUAAUGGCAGCGAUGAUGUCGGCACAGUACGAAGGUGCAGCGGCACUCAUCGCAGCAGGUGCCAAAUUGGACCUUCGCAAUUCGCGCAAUUUUACAGCCGCGGACUUCGCAGAGGGGCACAUCUUGCCACGGUUUCUCGCAGAGGCACUGGACGGAGAUGUAAGUGCUUGCCGAGAGAUCGCGAAGGCCGCCAUCGAGAGCAGCUAUAUUGAAAUCUGA